AUGUCGAAACGCCCAGCUGAAGAUGAGCACAAUGACCUGUCGUUGAAGGCAGGAGAGAGACCACAAAAAGCAGAGUUAGAUGAUGGGGUGGGAGAAUUCGAAGACGAAUUUGAGGACGAGUACGAGAGUGAAGAUGAGAUCUUAGAGGCAGGCGUUGAUGGGAGACCUGAUGCUGAGAGGGAAGCUGAAGAAGCAGAGGCCAUGGAAGUUGAUCAACAGACCUUCAUAGUUGGUAGGAAUAAGCUGGAACCGGGGCAGACAUUAUCCCCUGAUCUUUCUACAUACGAAAUGCUUCACGCUCUGAGUACCCCAUGGCCUUGUCUUUCUUUCGAUAUACUCAAGGAUGGUUUGGGCGACAACCGAAAAACAUACCCUGCUACUAUGUAUGCAGUCGCAGGAACCCAGGCCGAAAGCAAACGAGAAAAGGAAAAUCAACUGAUGGUUAUGAAGUUCAGUGGAUUGAGUAGAAUGGAGCGGGAGCAGGGCGAAGAGGAAUCGGACGAAGAUGAAGAUGAAGACUCGGAUCCUAUACUCGAAUCGACUUCGAUACCCCUCACUGCUGCGACAAACAGAAUACGUUCACAUCAAACACCUGCGUCUGAUUCAUCGCGACCUCCCACUACUCUGACUGCUUCAAUGAGUGAAUCGGGUCAAGUUCUCAUUCACGAUGUUACUCCUCAUCUAUCCUCUUUUGAUACCCCCGGUACUGUUAUUACUACACAACAAAAUAAAGCUCUAUCAAUUCUUCGAAUGCACAAAUCGGAAGGCUAUGCACUUGACUGGUCUCCCUUGAUAUCUACCGGAAAAUUGGUAACAGGAGACAAUGAUGGGAAAAUUUAUGUCACUACAAGAACUGCCGGAGAAGGCUGGGCAGUCGACUCGCGCCCCUUCACGGGCCAUACUGGAAGUAUCGAGGAAUUACAGUGGAGUCCUUCGGAGAAGAACGUCUUCGCAUCCGCAUCCAGCGAUGGUACAAUCAGAGUAUGGGAUGUACGAAGUAAAAGUAGAACCGCAGCUCUCACAGUCCAAGUUAGUGAUACAGACGUCAAUGUCAUGUCUUGGUCACACCAAACAUCUCAUCUCCUCGCCUCCGGCGCCGACGAUGGAGUCUGGGCCGUCUGGGAUCUCCGAAACUGGAAGCCCAGCAACAAUUCUUUACCUUCAAAACCCACACCCGUGGCCAGCUUCAACUUCCACAAAGAACAAAUUACCAGCGUGGAAUGGCAUCCUACAGAUGAUAGUAUUGUAGCUGUAGCUGCCGCCGAUGAUACAUUGACUCUAUGGGAUUUGGCGGUAGAAUUGGAUGACGAGGAGAGUAAGGAUACCGGUGGUGUCAAUGAUGUACCUCCUCAAUUGUUGUUUGUGCAUUACAUGGCUAAGGUCAAGGAAGCUCAUUGGCACCCACAGAUUCCAGGGGCGUUGGUGGGAACGGGUGAGAACUUUAAUGUUUUCAAAACUAUUAGCGUCUAG